UACCCCUCCCCCUUCCAACCCCAACUUCGAAGUCUCCCUAGCGAACCUCUGACUCGAUGCUCUCACUCGUCGUUCUCUCCGCUUCUUUCCUUCUGUUGUGGGCUGGUAGGGUGGUGUUCAAUGUUUGGAAGCUGAGGAAGAGUGUUGGGUCUUCACCCGUCGACUAUCUCCUCCUUGGGUAUGGGUGUAUACCAGCUAUCGUAUUUAUUCCGGCCUGGCGCUAUAUCGCAUUUGGAAAGAGUUACCAGCUUAGAUGGAAGCAUAAGAUCUUCCACGAACUCAAAACCGACGUCUAUCCUUUGAUUUCCAUUCUCUCUCCCGCUCAAAACUACACAGUCCAAAUCGCCGAUGUCAACGCCGCCAAGGAGGUUACGACAUACCGGUCUCGAUUCCCCAAACCCAUGGAAUUCUAUCGUCAUCUCACUUUUUAUGGAAAGAAUAUCGUCGCUGCUGAGGGUGAUGACUGGAAGAAGUAUCGGAAAGUUUGUGCGCCUGCUUUCAACGACAGAAAUAAUAAGCUUGUUUGGGAAGCUGCUAUUCGAAUCAUGGAUGAUCUCUUCAGGGACGUCUGGGAACACAAAGAUGAGGUUGAAGUACCUCAUAUCGUCGAUACCACUGUCCUCAUCGCAUUGUUCGUGAUUGGAGAGGCUGGAUUCGGCGAGAAAUUGACAUGGAAGAACGACGUCGUUGCACCGCCGGGCUUCAAGUACACUGUCAAGGAGGCCCUACACGUCGUUUCUCGUCACCUCAUCUACAAGGUCAUCCUACCCAACUGGGCGUACAAACUCAGCAAGUCCCUCGCGGAUAUCGAUUUGGCGUUCAAAGAGAUGGGGAUGUACAUGCAGGAGAUGAUUCGAGAGCGCUCGACGGGCGAGAAGUCGUCGGGACGUCAUGACUUGAUGACUGCCCUCGUCGAGAACAACGUUACUCUCCCAGCGGACGAUCCUAACCGCCUGACAGACCAAGAACUAAUGGGCAACGUCUUCAUUUUCAUGCUGGCUGGACACGAGACUGCAGCCCAUACGCUUGGCUUCGCGUUUGCUUUUCUGGCGCUGUACCCGGAGGAACAGAAGAAGCUAUAUGAUCAUAUCAAGUCUGUUAUUCCCGAGGGACAUACACCGACGUAUGAGGAUAUGCCUAAGCUUACGCGGUGCUUGGCGUUCAUCAACGAGACUUUGCGACACUUCCCUCCCAUUAUUGAAUUGCCCAAGAAGGCGCAGGAAGACACGGUCCUUCAUACCACAAACCAUUACGGCGAGAAGGUGUCUGUCCCUAUUCCCAAGGGCGGGUGCAUCUCUGUCAAUAUCCCUGCUACCCAUCAUAAUCCUAAAUACUGGGACGAUUGCGACUCGUUCAACCCGGAUCGGUUCUUGGGUGAAUGGCCGCGGGAGGCGUUCCUCUCGUAUAGUGCGGGGCCUAGGAGCUGUCUUGGUCGGAAGUUCUUUGAAACUGAAGCCAUUGCGGUUCUGACCUCCACUCUGUUGCAAUAUGAGGUUUUCUUGAAGGAAGAACCACAAUUCGCACAUGAGACGUUUGAGCAGAGGAAAGCUCGUAUUUUGAAUGUGAAAUGCGAGGUGGCUGACCCAGAUAUAUAG